GAAGAUGACUUUAGUCAACAAAAUAUCAAUUAAUAUUUUUAUUUUUAUCAGUAAUCUGACUUCACCAGAUCUCUACUCUCUGUUCUUUUUGCUCUUCUUCUUCUUCCUUUUCCUCUUCCUCUCUCUCUCUCUCUGUAUCUCUCUCCAAGCUUCAAAAUCAAAAAAACCUUACAAUCUGAACAAACAAAAUCUCCCUUACAACAAAAAUAACAACUUCUGCUUCUGUUACUUUCUUUUUCCGGCUCAGGUUUCUUUUCCGGCGACUCCAAGUUUGAUCGUCGCCGGCGAUUCCUCUUUUUUUGUUUGGUUGUUCUCAAGACAUAUCUCCUGAUGUUGUCCAAACAAAGUUUCAUUCUUUGUCUUAUUUUCUUUUUCGUCACAGCAUUUUCCGGCGACUCAAGAGGACUCUCCGGUAACAAUGAGCAAAAGAACAUCUCAGGCUUUUCUGGGAUUGACUUCCCAAAUCCGAUGCGCUUCGGCUCUGUUUCUUCUUCAACAAGCAACGACUGCGGCUUCUCUUCCCCUGAGAACAAACCCACCAAGGAACGCACCGGAGAAAACAAGACGGUGAAGUUUCACUUAAAGCGCCGGGAGACGACUCCUAACCACGAAACAGAGAAGACAAGAACAAAUUCUGUUCUUGAGCUCAAUUUCCGAGAUCUCACAAGAAUCCAGACGCUUCACAAAAGGGUUUUGGAGAAGAAGAACCAAAACGCUGCGAAGAAGCAGAAGAAGAAGAAUAAACAAGUCGUUACCUCUCCGGUGGUUUCUUCUCCAGUGGAUGAGCAUCAAUCUGGUCAGUUGGUGGCUACACUUGAGUCCGGUAUGACUCUUGGUUCCGGCGAGUACUUUAUGGACGUGUUGGUUGGCUCGCCACCAAAACACUUCUCCUUGAUUCUUGACACAGGGAGUGACCUAAACUGGAUUCAAUGCUUGCCUUGCUACGACUGUUUCCAGCAAAACGGUGCGUUUUAUGACCCUAAAGCCUCUGCUUCUUACAAGAACAUAACUUGCAAUGACCCAAGAUGCAACCUAGUCUCAUCACCUGAUGACUCUCCAAAGCCCUGCAAAUCAUAUAACCAAUCAUGCCCUUACUACUACUGGUAUGGGGAUAGCUCCAACACCACUGGGGACUUUGCACUCGAGACUUUCACCGUUAAUCUCACGACAAGUGGAGGGAGCUCCGAGUUGUAUAAUGUCGAAAACAUGAUGUUCGGUUGUGGUCAUUGGAACCGAGGUCUCUUCCACGGUGCUGCAGGCUUGCUUGGAUUAGGAAGAGGCCCGCUUUCGUUUUCCUCGCAGCUUCAGUCUCUUUAUGGUCACUCCUUCUCUUAUUGCCUUGUCGAUAGAAACAGCGACACCAACGUUAGUAGCAAGUUAAUUUUUGGGGAAGACAAGGAUUUGUUGAGCCACCCGAAUCUAAACUUCACUUCUUUUGUCGCCGAGAAAGAAAACCUCGUCGACACAUUUUACUACGUACAUAUCAAAUCCAUUCUAGUCGGGGGAGAAGUUCUAAACAUACCUGAAGAGACAUGGAAUAUCUCAUCAGAUGGAGGUGGAGGAACGAUCAUAGAUUCGGGUACAACCUUGAGUUACUUUGCAGAGCCUGCAUAUGAAUUCAUCAAGAACAAGAUUGCAGAGAAAGCAAAAGGGAAGUACCCUGUCUAUAGAGAUUUCACAAUCCUAGAUCCUUGCUUCAACAUGUCUGGCAUUGAAAACGUUCAGCUGCCAGAGCUUGGGAUUGCAUUUGCAGAUGGCGCGGUUUGGAACUUCCCCACCGAGAAUUCUUUCAUAUGGUUGACUGAAGAUUUGGUUUGCUUAGCAAUUCUUGGAACUCCUAAAUCAGCCUUUUCAAUCAUAGGAAACUACCAGCAGCAGAACUUUCAUAUACUCUAUGAUACAAAGAGGUCGAGGCUCGGGUCAAUAGUGGAAUGGGAACAAUAGAGGAAUUGGAAAGUAAAGAAGCUUCAGGAUAUUGCAGAACACAAGCCAUACGACAAGGGAUUGGAUUGUGUACCUGAGAAAGGUCGGAGAUGAGAGUUGCAGAGAGAGGGAGGUGUCUUUCUUUAACAUUGAGGCGAAGAAGGGUUUGAAAUUGGGUGAAGACGGAAGCGAACACGAGAAGAAAAAACUCAAUGCCAUUGAUUUUUACAGUGCAAGAAGAAGAAUCAGAUCAAGCUUAACAUGAUUUUUUUUGACUUCAGUCACUUGAGAAACCUUUUUAUUUAUUUUUCUUUUUCUUUUGGUUGUUAAAUUAGAACCCUAGCUUAAAUCCGCAAAAUAAGUAAUCCGUUUUAGUCUCAGUCACAAUAAUUAAUUAAAUAAUUUUUAGUUAAAGAGAUAUUAUAUUUUUCUGUCAAGUUUAAAGUCUAUGAUAUCAUGUAUGUCGUUAUCUGCAUAAUUAACUAAUUAAGUUAAAUAAAAAAUACAGCUAAUUAAUU